AUGUACAAACGAUUUGUUAAUAGUGAUUCUACAAAUGGUGGAGGUUAUGAACGUCGUUCACGAGGAACGAAAUCAUCUGAUGAAUAUUCAUCAAAUUCAUUUCAAGACAAUAAUAGAGAUUCAAAUAAAUCUACAACUCAUAACAAUUCUCACUUCGUCGAUGAUAAUCAUCUUGAAAAACCUUGUAAGGCCUGUGUUGAUUUCAAAGAUUGGUUAAAACAUGGAACUACAACUACUAAUGCCGAAAAAACAACAAUUGUUGACCAGCAAGUUUCAAUAAAUUCAGAAUGUCCACUAAUGCGUGAUGACUUAGGUCGUGCAUCGUGGUCAUUACUCCAUACAAUGGCCGCUUAUUAUCCUGAUGAACCAAAAAAAGAAGAACAGCAAUGUAUGAGUCAAUUUAUUCAUUCAUUUUCAAAAUUAUUUCCGUGUCCCGAAUGUCGAACUGAUUUCCAAGAAGAAAUUACUAAAUCACCACCGAAUAUUUCGAGUUGCCUUGCUCUUUCAACAUGGAUGUGUGAACAACAUAAUAUAGUUAAUAAAAAAUUAGGAAAAACUGAAUUUAAUUGUAAACAAGUAUUAGAAAGAUGGAAAAAUGGACCAGCAGAUGGUAGUUGUGAUUAA